AUGCAGGCCCUAAUCGACGAGUACCUCAACGAGGCAAGGGAAGAUGGUGUACAGAUCAGCGGUGUCACGCCGCGGGUUAUUAGUGGCCGGGGCAUUGGCAUGGUGGCUACCCGUCGGCUCGAGAAAGACGAAGCGAUCAUGACCAUUCCCACAGAAGCCAUCCGCAGCCUCCACACUAUUCCUCACGAUAUAUCAAUGAAGCUUCCCCCCGAUAUGUCGAUACAUGGCCUACUUGCAGCUGAAGUAGCCCUUCAUAAUAAUGCCUCGCACACUUGGUCUCAAAUAAUACCCACUUGGGAGGAUUUUCAGAAUACAGUUCCAUUAUUAUGGCCAGAGGCGCUUCAAGAGCUUCUUCCAGCAGAAGCAAAGUCCCUUCUUAUUAAGCAAAAGGCUAAAUAUGAGGCUGAUUGGGAGGCUUUCCAAAUCGGAUUCCCGAAACAAGACCGCCAAAGUUACCUUUACGCCUGGUUUCUUGUCGGCACGCGAACAUUCUUUUUUGACUCGCCAGAGAUGACGUUGUAUCCUUUGCAUGAUCGAUUAUCGCUACUACCUGUAGCAGAUCUAUUCAAUCAUAGCGCCACUGGUUGCGAAGUCUCGUUUCAAGAUGAAGGUUAUACGAUAACGACAGAUCGUCAUUACGACGCGGGUGAGGAGAUAUUUACCUCCUACGGGGAUCAUACAAAUGAUUUUCUACUAGCUGAGUACGGUUUUGUCCUGGAACACAAUCCAUGGGACAAGAUCUGUCUUGAUGAUCUGAUCAUUCCCAAGUUAAGCGCCACGCAGAUUUCUGCAUUGAAGGAAAGGGGAUACUCGGGAGAAUUCAUGCUUCACGAUGGAUCAAAGAAGAACGAUGCUAUUUUCAUCGCAUUGCGGGUUCUUUGUUCCGACGUCUUCAAUUGGCAGAAAUUCGAGGACGGCGACGAGGACAUGGGUAACUCUCUUGCAAAGGGAAUCGCGCUGUUACCCGAAUUGUUAAAUGAAUACAGAGAUAGAAUUGCGGAGGCAAAAACCAAGAUUCGCAAGCUUCCAGACGGUAAAGAGGCCCAAAAGUCUUUGCUUUGGAAACGAUGGGAACAAAUCGAGACAAUCGUCGAGGGGCUUGUUGAGACGCAAUGGUGA